AUGUACUUGAUCACUGUGUUUGGGAACCUGCUCAUCAUCCUGGCUGUCAGUGCAGACUCCCACCUGCUCACACCCAUGUACUUCUUCCUCUGCAACCUGUCCUUCGUUGACAUCUGCCUCACCUCCACUAUCAUCCCCAAGAUGCUGCUGAACAUACAGACCCAGAGCAAAGCCAUAACCUAUGCAGGCUUCAUCAGCCAGAUGUACUUUUUCCUAUUCUUUGCAGGACUGGAUGACUUCCUCCUGACAGUGAUGGCCUAUGACCGUUAUGUGGUCAUCUGUCACCCCCUUCACUAUACAGUCAUUGUGAACCCCCAGCUCUGUGGACUUCUUGUUCUGCUGUCCUGGAUCUCUGUUGUCACCCUAUUUUAUUGUACUAGCCUAGGUGUGUACCUCAGUUCUGCUGUUACCUCCAGCUCACCCUCAAGUGCUACAGCCUCAGUGAUGUACACUGUGGUCACGCCCAUGCUGAACCCCUUCAUCUACAGCCUAAGGAACAAAGACAUAAAGGGGGCUCUGAAAAGACUCAUUGUGAAGGAAACUAAGGGUCAAUAGCCCCUAGGACUGAAGACAUGCAUGUUAUGGCUGAGAUCACAUGGCUAGAAUCAGAAUGUGAUUAUUUGACCAGAAAAUGGACAUAGUAUAGUUCUUUCUUUUUCUUUCCUGGAACUUCCAUUUCUUUGACCUCAAUUCCUGUGCUA